GACAUCCACUGCUUCUCUAAACAUCCACGCUAUUAAACUCAUCACCUGAGUGCCUGUUAAGCGUUUGGCGUUUUCGCUCGCUUAGUUAGAUCUUCCCUUUCCUGACAGGAUGGUCCUAGAUAAACACAACCUCGGAGACUCGUGUGUGAAGAUCUGAGAGAACUGAAGAGGAAGUUGCUUAUUCAGGUGUGAGAGCAAAAUGCAGGUCCAGACUUGAACAGUGCUGGCAGAACGACAAAAAAAAGGAUUUCCAAGAGAGCUGGGUGGUUUCAGCCCCUGUGAGAUCAACACUGGGCACUGACGUGAUGGACUUUCUCUCUGUCCCGCCUCCUUCUUCCCCCCAUUCGUCUCAGCUCAGCCCGGAUGAGGAGAAGUUACUGGCCAAGCUGGAAGAGCAGAACAGGCUCUUGGAAACUGACAGUAAGUCCUUGUACUCUGUGAAUGGUGUCCUACGAAGUCCGUGUUCUUCAAAGAUCUUCUCUUUCGAUGAAGACUCCAGCACUUGGGGUUGUGUUGUUGCGAACUGGGAUGAGUGGAGCAAGAAGAAAGUAAAACGGUUGAAGGAGAUGAUAAGGAAAGGGAUCCAUCCUCAUUUCCGGCCCACCGUGUGGCAGAUGCUGUGCAAUGCACACAGCCUGUCUGUACGGGAGCAGUACUCUGAGCUGCUGCAGAAGACCUGUCCGUGUGAGAAAGUGAUCGAGAAAGAUCUGAGCAGAAUCUUCUCCCGGCAUCAGCUCUUCCAGGGUCUGCACAGCAGCAUCCAGCAGCCGCUCUUCAACGUGCUUAAGGCUUAUUCCGUUCUAGACCGUGACGUUGGAUACAGCCAGGGAAGUGCAUUCAUAGCUGGACUGUUACUCAUGCAGAUGCCAGAGGUGGAGGCCUUUGGUGUGUUUUUGAGGCUCAUGCAGGACUUCAGGCUGCGAGAGCUCUACAGGCCCCGCAUGGUUGAACUGGGCUGCUGCAUGUUCCAGCUAGAGGGGCUAAUCCAGGAGCAGCUUCCUGAGCUUUAUUCUCACUUUCAAACUCACGCCUUCAACACCUCCACAUUCUCUUCGUCCUGGUUCCUCACAGUGUUCCUCUCCUGCCUGCCCCUAACUGCAGCCAGCAGGGUCUUUGACAUAUUCAUGUGUGAGGGUUUGGAGAUCGUGUUCCGUGUGGGAAUGGCCAUCCUCCAGAUCACCCAGACUGAACUGCUGAAGCUGGAUAUGGAGGGGAUGACACAGUUUUUGGAGAAAACGGCCCCCCAGCAGAUGGACAGAGAUCCGAACAGGAUGAUAAUGACGGCUUAUCAAAUAAAGUACGACUCCAAGAGAAUGAAGAAGCUUGAAAAAGAAUACACAGCCAUAAAAAUGAAGGAGAUGGAAGAACAGGAAGAAAUAAAGAAACUACAUUCAGAAAAUAAGCUUCUGCGACAGCGGCUGGACACCCUGGAGAAAAGGUAUUGCGAGGGUGCGGUUUGGCAGCUGGGGCAGGAGUGUAUGCGGAUCCGGCUGAGAGAGGCAGAGCGUCAGCACGUCUUGAAGCAGAUGGAGAUAAAGAUGCUGCUGAUGGAGAAAAGCAGUACAGUUCCCGAUGAGGUCAGUAUGCAGCAUCUGCAUGAGCAGCUGGUGAGUGGGAAGCUGAGGGAAGCGGAGGCACUGACCGGACUCCGAGAGAUUAGACAUCACAUCAAAGAUCUGGAGGAAAAAUGGCAGCAGAAGAGCAGCAGUAGUGUGAGUGACCGGCAGGGGGAGCUGAUGAGUCUGAGGUUCAGAGAAGUUCGCGCUCAGGUUCAACUCACACAGAGCCGCCACCAACUGCUGCAGCUGCAGACGCAGGAUCAGCUCUGUAGUCUCCAUCUAAAGCGCAUCACAGAGAGGAUGCACAGCCAGCACGAGCGUCUGCAGGACCUAACGAUGCAGAACCAACGUCUGCGCAAUCUACUGGGACAAACAACUGAGGAAGAGCAACACAAGCAGGCUCCCGAAGAUGAAGAACCGGAAGAGGACGCGACUGCGGUCAGAAAGCUGCAAGACCAGAUUGCACAGUUGCAGGCCCAGAUUCGGAGGCUUUCCAGGCAGAAGAAAGCCACCAGGCUGCAGCAUAAUGACACUUGAGAGUGGGCGGCCAUCCCGCUGGCUAGCCAAACUGUCUCCAUGAGCAUCCGACCAGACGAGGGGCGAAGAACAUGGGCUAUGAACAGCACUGACCAACCGGCCCACGACCAUGUCCAGCAAAGCAGUGACGUGCAGCACCUGUGUGAGCUGUAUGAAGUAAUGCAGGCAUUAUAGCUCUUUGCAGCGGAGACUCUCAGCUUAACACACCACAGACGGUCCGGUCAUCGCGCUUGUUCUGCGGACUCUCCAUUGUGCUGCCUUUAUGGACUCAAACAUCAUAUAUUGUCAUGCACCUGCACUUGAAGCUAACUUGCACUGGUUAACGCCUUAAACUGUAGGCUUAUUAUCAGUUAUUAAUCUUAACUUUUUCAUCUUGGUAUAUUUUCAAGUAACUGGUAAUAUUAUCCACUACUAAUUAUUCAGUAACUGCAAUCAUUUAUUCUGUAGCUACUAUGAAUUUGUGAGUAACUACUAUGAAUUAUUCAGUAGCUACUAUGGAUUAUUUAGUAAGUACUUUAAAGUACACAGUAAUUACUAUGAAUCAUUCAGUAGCAACUGUAAACUAUCAGUAGCUGCAAUGGAUUAUUUAGUAAGUACUUUAAAGUACACAGUAAUUACUAUGAAUCAUCCAGUAGCAACUGUAAACUAUUCAGUAGCUACAAUGGAUUAUUUAGUAAGUACUUUAAAGUACACAGUAAUUACUAUGAAUCAUUCAGUAGCAACUGUAAACUAUCAGUAGCUGCAAUGGAUUAUUUAGUAAGUACUUUAAAGUACACAGUAAUUACUAUGAAUCAUCCAGUAGCAACUGUAAACUAUUCAGUAGCUGCAAUGGAUUAUUUAGUAAGUACUUUAAAGUACACAGUAAUUACUAUGAAUCAUCCAGUAGCAACUGUAAACUAUUCAGUAGCUACAAUGAAUUAUUUAGUAAGUACUUUAAAGUACACACUAACUACAAUGAAUUAUUCAGUAGCAACUGUAAAUUAUUCAGUAGCUACACUCUUGGAAAUGACGCUUCUUCAAGGGUUCUUUAGUAAAGAAAAUUUGUUCAAAGCCAAAGAACUCUCUUUUGGUACCUUAUAGAACCCUUUAUAAGAGUGUGCUCUGAAUUCUGCAGAGACUGAAGUGGAACUGAAAUGUGAAUGAACCCACAGACAGGGCUGGUUUCCCUGACCAGAAUUAAGCCUGAUCUUGGACUAAAUCACAGUGACAGUGGUGAAACACUGUUGGAAGUACUUUGCAGUCUAGGCUUAGGCUUAAUCUGGGCCUGGGUGAGUGUAAAAUAAAAUUGAAAGGCCCAAAUCCAGUGAACCCUUAAAACCACACCGCUGGUCUGCACUAGUCCACUGCGUAAAACAAGGUCCCUUCACGAUCUGAUCACUGGGUUUUGUAAUGUGAUGUAUUUCUCAACAGAACAUUGUUUGAGGCACACACUGAACUUUAUUAUUAAAUAAAAUUACAACACCAGCA